GCUCUUCCCUGUGGGAAAAAAACACUUUGUUAAAAUUGCAGUCUUCAAAGCCUAUACAGAAAAAUGUUAGUAAUAUGAUACAUAAGUCUGAAGUAUCACUCAGGUCUGUAAAGCCCCUGUGCCCAAGUAUCACCUGUCUUUUGGCUCUUAAAGAAUCUUGCCUGGAUUUUUAUCUGUUUGCAUUUUCUGUAUGCAAAACUUUCAGGAGUUUGUGGGGACCUAUUUUCAUAAGAAAAACUCACUCCUAGAAAUAGUAGUGUGUAGUUUCUAACACACUAUGGGAUUUAGACAUCGUGAAAAGCACUUUCUCAUUGAGACCAUUUUCCAGAACUGCAGUGCUUAUGGGGGAGAGGACAGCAAAAUGGUCUUUCACACCCCGGAACCAAAACCUUCUCUACUUUGCAGAUUUAAAAGCUUUCCGAGGAAUGACACAAUGUUUGCAAAACACUAAAUGAAAAAAGAUUGAAACACCUAAGAGGAAAUUUUUCUGAUAUUUUCAUAGAGUUGCACAAAUGGUGUCUCUGUAAAUUUUGUCAGUAAAUGGGUUAAUGUAAACCAGUUCAGGUUUUGCCGAGUGAUACCAGAGAACAUAAAGCAGAAAGAAUAGAAAAUUCCUACUGGGCUACUGCAGAAAUCCUGUUUUUGGGGAAUGUUAAGAGUGAAUGGGAAUAUAUUUAUUUGCUUUUUGCUAAUGUUGAUGACUUGGGGAGGAUGAAGCCCACAGCGCAGUGGCUGCAGUGGCAUUCUCAGUUCUUGUGAAUACGUGCAUUGGCACCUUGUGCGCUGCCUCCAGUUCCACAUCUUCCUGUGUCUGACACACCGAUGCAUCCAAUACAGCUGUGGGAUGCAGGGGCUGAGGGGAGGGGCUUGCUGCCAGCUUUCCUCGGGCUUUGGCAGCCCUAAGGGGUGCAGCACACAGAUCUACCGGGUUCAUGCCAAAGCCUGAUGUUGUAUCACAGAGGACCUGUAAAUGCUUCAGGCCAUCUCUUGCUAAAUAAACAUUUCUUACAGCUCUGGUGCUUGGAGCCUGGUAUGUGUAUGUGACUCAUAGGAUAUUAACCCUAUUAGCAUGUUAAAUUAACUGAUAAACAUCAGAAAGCAGUUCAAACGCCAGUUUUGUAAUUUAUUGUAUACUUGGCUAUUGAGGUUUACUGUGGGGAAGUACAGGGUGUUACUAAGGGCUAGGAAAAGGAAAGGGAACAAACUUGCAGCAGCAAAGUCAACAGAGGAUGACUGAAAUAUCAGAAAUCUAAAAUACUAGGGUGUGAGUGGCAAAAUGAGUCAAAACUAGUGAACAACGGGGCAUUAGUGUCAUCCAAUACUUUUAUUCUUUUGGGAAACACACCAUUUCUCAAAACUCAUGCUACUGAUUGAAUGCUCCAAGGGCUGUAGCUACAAUGCAAAAUGGGUUCUAUUUGAAGAAAAAGAAUCAAGGUCGGUGAGAAAAUGUAACUGAUCAUAACCAAAUGUCUUUUACUAGGAAUUCAAAAGGUUAAAUGGAGAGAUUGCCCUGCAUGGUAGUAGUGUUCUUGUGAACAGCUGAGGGGUGGCAAACUCAGUCCUUCCCAAGACUUUUGAAACUCUUACAGAUUUAGAAGUCUGAGAUGUGUGGCCGUGCACGUCAGGGUCCAAGUAUGUAUAGUGCUAAUCAUGCUCCUCACCUAGCAAGUCUUGUUUUAAUGGCGUACUGAAGAAAUGUCAUCUUUCGUAAAUAACGGUAUGAAUCCACAUUGCAGAAGGACGUGUUUAUUAAAGCUUGAUAUUGGUGAAAGGAGUAAGGUUAGUCUAAUAAAACCGAGAUUACAUUUGUUAAGAACACUAUCAACCUAAGGUGUUGUACGAUGUUGUGUCGUAAGGAGAUGAGGAAAAAAAGAACAGUGAAACGAUUCCACACUGAAAGUGUGCAAACAUCCUUUCCCAAGUAUGUUCUAUGAGCAUAUAAAAUGGGUGUUGUGUUGCUGAUGCUGGUAACACUGGUGCACAUCUGGGCUUAUAACCCCAGCCGUCAUGUUUAUUGGGAAUUCCAGUCUUUUUGUACAUGCACAGUUUGCUCAUGAGAUGUCUUCUGUCUCAGAGUAGAGUUUGGCAGGCCGUGACAGAAAUUAGUUUCUCUUUAAUAUUCAAAGCAGCAGUGCAGCACAACAGGCCAGUUUUGAAUUUGAAUAUUGAGUUUGAGUAGUGAUUUAUGGGCUCUGGCUUUAAAGCCUUAAUGCUGACUUGCUUGUUCUGGUGGUUACAGGAAGUGAUGGUCUCCUUAAAAUGUUGAGGAAUUGUAUAUUGAACAGAAUUCCCACUGAGAGAAUGGCAAAAAGCAAAGGACCUUUUUCUCAGCUUUCUUUGCUCCUUAUCCCAGCUGUAGACAGCAAGCGCGGUCUGGAUGGGUGUUGCACUUCUGCAAGUGAGUUGGCACAACAAUGUUUGCUAGGAUAUUGCUUUUUCCCAUCUAGAUGGAUGCUUAGGUAAUGCUAUUUUUUCCUGUUGGAAAUGAGAAUUUGUGGUGUCUCUUGACUUCCAAAUCUGACACAGCUUGUUAAGCAGAGCCUGGUUUUCAAGGAGAGCUGGAAUUCUCCUUUCUUUGUAGCAGCCUUUUCAAUCAGCAGGUAGCUAUGGAGACAUCCAAACCCAAAUUGGUACAUUACAGACCAGUAUCUGUUCUUUCAGCAAUAUGAAUACUGCUGUGUGAAUGCUUGAAAAAAUAUAUUUGCUUCCUUGUUUGACCUAAGCAGUGUCAUGGGAGUUGCUUGUGCGUGACAUCAAACUUGCUGCUUGCUUUUAGCCCUGUUUAGAUAAGUGGUUUUCGUUUUCCUCGCCAGAUAUAACCUUCAUAUAGCAGGCUGGCUGCGGUUGGUUUCUUGUGUGCAUUACCACUGAGAUGAGCUGUUACACAGUCCUUGUAGUCUUGCAGAUGGAGAGGGGUGUGGGUGCUCAGAAAGUAUGUAACUAAAAAUAGAUUUUCAUGUAUGUGCUCUUAUUAGACAUCUGUGGUAAACACUUGGGGCCAAAUGGCAUCUGGCUCAGCUGAUGGAGUUCUAACGCUGGUCCCUGUGACACAGUAACUGGAAUGUCCUGUGCCCUGGAUUAUGUUUCUUUGCUGGAGCUGCCCCAGACACUGGCGGUGCUGGAGGACCAUGAGAAGCAGUACGUGGGCUUUGCCACGCUGCCCAACCAGGUCCACCGGAAAUCUGUGAAGAAGGGUUUUGACUUCACCCUGAUGGUUGCAGGAGAGUCGGGUCUGGGCAAGUCCACGCUGGUGAAUAGCCUGUUCCUGACAGACCUCUACAAAGACAGAAAGCUUCUCAAUGCAGAAGAGAGAAUCAACCAGACAGUGGAGAUUGUCAAGCACACGGUGGACAUAGAGGAGAAGGGUGUCAAGCUGAAGCUGACCAUAGUGGACACACCAGGCUUUGGAGACGCUGUUAACAACACUGAGUGCUGGAAGCCCAUCACCGACUACAUCGACCAGCAGUUUGAACAGUAUUUCCGUGAUGAGAGUGGCCUGAACCGGAAGAACAUCCAGGACAAUCGAGUGCAUUGUUGCCUCUACUUCAUCUCGCCCUUCGGGCAUGGGCUGAGGCCUGUGGAUGUUGAGUUCAUGAAGGCUCUGCAUGAGAAGGUCAACAUUGUGCCCCUGAUUGCCAAAGCUGACUGCCUGAUACCCUCCGAGAUCCGGAAGCUAAAAGAGAGGAUCCGGGAAGAGAUUGACAAAUUUGGCAUUAAAGUGUACCAGUUUCCCGAGUGUGACUCUGAUGAAGAUGAGGAGUUCAAGCAGCAAGAUAGGGAGCUGAAGGAGAGCGCUCCUUUUGCUGUCAUUGGCAGUAACACAGUCGUGGAAGCAAAAGGCCAACGAGUCCGGGGACGGCUCUACCCCUGGGGCAUUGUGGAAGUGGAAAACCAGGCACACUGCGACUUCGUGAAGCUGCGGAACAUGCUGAUCCGGACACACAUGCACGACCUGAAGGAUGUCACUUGUGAUGUCCACUAUGAGAACUACCGAGCUCAGUGCAUCCAGCAAAUGACCAGCAAGCUGACUCAGGACAACAGGAUAGAAAGCCCAAUUCCUAUCCUGCCUCUCCCAACACCGGACACUGAGACAGAGAAGCUGAUCAAAAUGAAGGAUGAGGAGUUACGGCGGAUGCAAGAGAUGCUGCAGAAGAUGCAGCAGCAGAUGCAGGAUCAGUGAGAGGCAGAGGGAAUCCCCCAGUGACCAUCUGAGGCCUGGCAAGAGUUCUGGAUAUUUAGAAAAGGUUUGCUGUUGUAUAGAGACUUGUGGGCAAGAGCUGCACCCACACCCUCUAAUUUAUUAGCAGCAGUGCUGGCUUUGCAGUCAGCUGGAUUGUGGAGCAGGCUGUUCACUUAACAAUUACUGAUGUGUAUUUCUUUUUUUAAUAGUUUUUUGUUUUGUUUUGUUUUAAAAAGGAAAUAACCUGGGAAGUCUCUAAGGCAUCCCACAAACAGAAAAGAAAAAGAUCUCCUUUUCCCAUGUACUAAUCUCUUGUUUGGGAAUGCUCUGGUAUUUAAAGUCCUGGUUUCUCUGGUGUAUGAACUUGAAGACUAUCUGUGUCAAUGCACGUAAAUGUUUACUCCCAGCUGAGGUGCUGUGUCCCCCUCCCCAUUCCCUUUGUGUGGGGCCAGCACAAGCAUUGUGAAGGCAGCCGUACCCUCCUGUGACUUUGAGCUGCGCUGCUGGGGCUACUCUGCUUGGGCCAGCUCUGUCCCAGAAAGCUGGGGCUGGGGCUUUCUCUGUGCACUGACCGUCUCAAUGGUCCUGGUUUCCUGCCUAAGUUUUCCUCAGAUUUUUGUUUAGUUGGUUGGUUUUAUUUUUCCUAUCAAGAAACUCCAGGAUCUUUGCACUGAGAAGCAAGGGACUGAGUCUCUUGAGGUUGAUCAGAAGAAAACAUCUUCUACUGCUCUCAGUUAUGUCUUUCCAGGAGAGAGGGUGAGUUGUUGACUAUUGCCUGCAAGGAGGUGAUGAUGAGAGUGAGCACCUUCCCAGCCAUGGUUUCCUCCUACAGCAGAGAAGCCCCAGGGCCCUGCAGUAGCUGGGUAAGGCCGUCUCGUGGUUUUGCUCUGGUCAUCCAGCUGCAAUGCGUCUGUUCUGAAAAGCACCAUGGCAGCCAGAGUGCUUGGCUGGGGCUGCUUUGGAGAGGGCAGAAACCCCAGGGCUGAAAUUCAACCCCAAGUGCAGAGAUGUGCCCUAACCCCAGGCUUUGCGGUCCUGACCUUCUCCUGGGGAAACUCCUGGCAGGUUUUGUAGGCUUGUACCAGAGAUCCUUGAGUCACUUUUCCAGGAAGAUGUUGGGUCAGUGUGGCAGGCUCAGGGGUGUCACUGACUGGGGCUGAACACAGCCCAGUAGGCUUAGCACUUGCUCCCCUGCCCUUCGCCUGGGACUCAGCUCUUCUCACUCCCUCUGGUCUCCAGCUUUUCCUGUCUGAGUGCUGGGAAGGCCGGUGGGUCUGCUGGGCAAAGAUAAGAGCACUCUUUGGGCAGCAGCUUCUGUCCUGUUCUUGCUUCCUGCAGUAUUUUUAACUUGAGUUUGCCAGCGCAGAACCCUAGAGUAUGAUGUGCCUGACAGGGCAGGCAUCACCAGCAACACUGCUGUGUUUGCAGGGAAUCCAGGCUCUUGGAGGGAGAGACACUUGUCUCUUCCCUCCAACUCCAGGGAGUGCUGCCAUGGACUGGGUCCUUCUGUUCCUCUUGCUCUUGGCUGGAUUCCUCUGUCCUCUUCACCUCUUUGCAUCUGCUCCUCUGUGUCAGUCUUUCCCCAGCAGAGCUCCCUGGGUAGGAAGCGCAAUGUUGGCCGGGAAUAGCCAGGCCCUAAAUUAUUUUAUUAGGUGCUGUGUUUAUCUGGUUCCCCCCACGGGGCUUUAGAGUCCUGCUCAGGGCUUCUCCAAGCGGUCAGGGGUUUGGCUGGUUACAGUUAUUCACUGUACAGAGCCCCUCCUAGCCAGAACGUGGGCUGCGGGGAUCAGGAAGAGACCCUGGCACAGUGUGGAAGGACCAAGCGAGGGUGGAAGCUCCUUGGCAGAAAUGUGCAAGCUGGGCAAGAGCAGUGUCCAACAAUGUUUUUUUUCUCUUUCACUCUCCCCUGUAUUGGGCUUAUGAGUGACAGCAGCAGUCUUUGGUAACACGCAGGGCCAAGGUGCUUAAGGAGGAAACACAACCUUUCUUUGUGUGAUGUGCUUAAUUGAACAAUGGAGUAGCCUGAAACAGGAGCAUCCUCCAGGUUUUCUGGAGCUGUUCUGCUGCUGUUUGAAGCAGGAGAACUGCUGAGUUCUCGGCUUUAUCCAUGCAUAAUGGUAAACACCUUGCAGUACCUGUGCCCUGUUUUGUUACACAGUCUUGUCCGUGAAGAGGUUGGUCUGUUGCAAAUGAGCCCUGUGCAGCUGGACAUGUUCCUCUUUCAGGCACAUUCAUUCCUAGAAGUUAAGGAGACCGUAACCCUUUGGCAUGGACAUAGAGGAGCUGGCAGCUUUUAUCCUGGGCUGUGUGCAAAAGUGCUGUGUGCUGGUGAGAGCACAGGGCACUCUGCUCACAGGCAAGCAGGAUUGCUGAGGGUGAAUCUGCCCCUGUCCCUCUGGGUGAGGAAGUCUCCAUCAGCUCAGUGCACAUGCUCCUCCAUCAAGUUGAUAGUCACAAGUCUUUACAGAGAGAUGAAGCCUUUGGCUACCAGCUGGCAAAGAUGAUUCAAGAUGCACUUAGAAAGAAAUGUACAGUGAGGCACCAGAGACGGCUUCUGUAGAGGGACAGAGCUCCUGCUGAAAUCCCAUCCCUAUGUAGGAAGUUCCCUGCCCAGAGCACCACAGUUUGGGGGCUGCCUGGAAAGGGAUUAGAGCUUGAACUUGGGGGACACCAGAGCUUCAGGAGCUGUCCUGGAAAGCAGCAUCUGUUUAUUAAAGGAGGAAUGUUUUGUACUGCUGCAGGGAGCUGUGCAGUAAGCAGAGGGGAGGCUCCUGAACAAAUGUAUCUUGUCUGUUUGACUCUGGCAGUGAGAAGCAUGGAUAGGAAAGUGAUCUAACACCUCCCCUCCUGCAGCCCCCCACAGCCUCAUAGUGACCCCUGCAUCUCCAGGCAUAUUCCCAAGCUUUGCCCUGCUGAGUGAGUGGCUGUGGGGGUGCUGUUCCCCUCCACAGAGCUGGCCCAGGGUGCAGCUGGGGCUGUUGGUACCACGGCUCAGACCUUGGACCUGGCUGGGGAGGGAGCCGUGGUGUCACCUUCUGCUCAGCCACUGUUGUGCUGGUCCUGCCUGUGUGGUCCUUGCUGUCUUCCCGCAUGCCUCCCCUCAGAGAAGGAGGGGGUCCCGCUCUGCUCUACAAUGCCGUUCCCUGCCUCUCCUCACAAACUUCACGGUGCUUUAAACACUGGCUUGCUCCUGCCAUGCAACUUCCUCACCCCCUGCUCCAUUCCUAGGCUCUUUGUUUCCUGUCCAUCUGUUGGGUUAUUAUAAUAUAUAUUUUUUUUGUAAAUUUGUUUGAACAUUUUUGUCAUUGUGAACAAAAAAAACCCUUUUAAAACAUAUCCAUUUUAUUAAAUGAUUAUUGUUAUUAUUAUCAUUAAUAAUGUUUACUACCUGAAUUGAUCAGUGAAAUAAAUGCAUUCAGAAAACCAA